AUGGCAGGAAUCAGUAGGAACAUCAGAUGUCAACUGGAUAACGAAUGGCUGCUGGAUAUCAGCGAGGAUCCGCAGGAUAGCAGUUGUGUGGUAUCGAAGACUUACUACUUUAGUUCCGCAGCUGAUGAAGAAGAUCGAGAUUUGGAACCUCAGACAAAUUCCCUCAGAAGCGUCAUCAGUGAGGAAGCAACGUUCGAAAUGAAUCAGCUCAACGAACCUUUUGUGUGCAUCGUAAAGGCCCGGUCGCAGCACCAGGUGUCCUGCUCUGAGAAUACCUGCACACACCCGAGUUCACUUUUGGCUAUGGCAGCUGGUCAUGGGCACCUGGAAUGUGUUAAACACCUCGUUGAAGAACGCGAUGCAGGGGUUGACGAAUUGGGAACAGGGUUUAUCAACGGGAAGUAUGAGCAUCAAGUUCUACCGAUCUGGUGUGCCGUUGAAGGCGGAUACCUGGAAGUGGUGACCUUCCUCUUGUCCAAAGGCGCUUAUUCCCAGGGAAAAGCUCUGCUGCGUUCGGCCUGCUUCCACGGCCACCUUGACAUCGCCAAACUUCUCGUAGAGCAAGGAGGGGACAUAGAAACAGCUGAUGCCCGCGGCGUCACCUGCCUGAUGCUCGCCUCGCACUAUGGCCGCAUCGAAGUUGUCAAAUACCUCAUCAGCAUUGGAGCCGAAGUGAACAAGAAGAGGCUGGACGGGAAAAGCGCACUGCACUGCAGCAUAGAGCAGGGGCAUCUGGAAGUGGUCAAGGUGCUGUUGGAUAACAACGCCGACGUGGAUGCUGAUUGUUAUGGUUCAAGCCCUUUGCUUACUGCCAGCGGUUCCGGGCAUAAGCACAUCGUGGAACACAUCCUUUCCAGAGGAGACCUGACGCCAAGGAAGGAACAGAUCGACGCCCUGGAGCUUCUGGGAGCGACGCUCGUCGACAAGAUGGGCGAUGUGGCCGGCGCUGUUACUUACUGGAAGAAAGCCAUGGAUCUGAGGCAUGACAAUGACGUCCUACUUUACCCGAAGGCCGAAAAUCAAAUGUCGUGUUGUUCUGGUGAGGAGUUUCGGGAAUUCAUGACCCUGCAACAGCUGGACAGACUAGAAGGAGACCGCGAUGCGCUGCAGAUGCAGUCCUUCCUCGUCAGUGAAAGGAUUCAUGGACCUGCGCACUUCGACACAAUGCAGCGCAUGCGUAACAAGGGCGUUGACUACGCAUACAACCACGACUUCAAACGCUGCAUCAGUCUGUGGCUGCAUGGGCUGGAUGUGCAUCAGAAACAUCUCGAACCGCUAGACUCAAAUCGACUGUUCUUCAUAACGGCAUUAGCUGCAUUAUACACUCACAUGAUCAACAGGGAGUACCCACACUUUGUGAAUUGCGUGCCCGCCAGGUACUUCGAUGAAUUCGCGUGUUUGUUCGAAAGGAUCACACGAGAGACGGAGAUAGUUUCUCCGCUCUUGCGCAGAGGGCACAGAAGUCGCGCUUCCUCCCGUAUCACCGAAGAACACGCCUCGCACUUGGACUACGUCAUCAGCCUAGCAAUUCAGUUGAUAUACAUGCUGAUAAAACUAAAGCCUGACCUCUCUGCCGGCCAGUGGCUCACGGCGAAAACCGUGCUGCACAAGUUGGUGAAAGUCAACCCGAGGGGCGCGAAGGACGCAACUCUGCUACACUUGGCUUGCUCCAGAAGGUUCCCGAUACAAGCGACUUCCCUGGAAGCCGCCAUGCUCCCCAGCCUGGAGGUCGUGAACCUCCUGCUGGAGACGGGCGCUGACCCUCGGGCGACGGACGGCGAAGGCAACACGCCUCUCCACGCCCUGGCCAGGAAUACGGAGUGUCCCAAGGAUAUCAUGGAGGCGCUGUUGUCAGCCGGCGCCCAUCUAGACGCUGUUAAUAACCUGAACAUGACGUUCGAGGAACUGAGGUCUUACCGAGGAGAACCGCUUCACUCAUUAGUCAAUCCCUUGCAACACACAAAUCUGCAAUGCUUGGCCGCAGCUUCUGUUCGGAGACAUGGCGUCACUUACAGAAACAUCCUGCAUCCACGACUCUCCCGGUUUGUCGACAUGCACUGA